UUCAGGCGUCUUUUCGAGGGGUGGGCUCAGUCAGUGUUGGCGGGAGCUGAGCGAUCAGUGCGCGCUUUGCUGUCCGGCCUGGGCUGGCUCUGGUGUAGGGGCUUGCGGGCAGCGCUCCCCGCCUCGAGCCGAGCCGGUAGGAUGCGGGUGGCUGUGGCCGGCUGCUGCCACGGCGAGCUGGACAAGAUCUAUGAGACGCUUGCGCUGGCGGAGAGGCGCGGCCCCGGGCCGAUAGAUCUUCUGCUGUGUUGCGGCGACUUCCAGGCGGUGCGCAACGAGGCCGACUUGCGUUGCAUGGCCGUCCCGCCCAAGUACCGCCACAUGCAGACCUUCUACAGGUAUUACUCUGGAGAGAAAAAGGCCCCAGUUCUCACAAUUUUCAUUGGGGGAAACCAUGAAGCCUCAAAUCAUUUGCAAGAGUUACCCUAUGGUGGCUGGGUGGCGCCAAACAUUUAUUAUUUAGGUUUGGCUGGGGUAGUAAAAUACCGAGGCGUAAGGAUUGGUGGCAUCUCUGGUAUCUUUAAAUCUCAUGACUAUCGAAAAGGUCAUUUUGAGUGUCCCCCUUAUAAUCCAGCUACAAUAAGGAGUAUAUAUCAUGUGAGAAAUAUUGAAGUCUAUAAAUUAAAACAGCUGAAGCAGCCUAUGGACAUAUUCUUAUCUCACGAUUGGCCAAGAAAAAUCUAUCAUUAUGGAAAUAAGCAGCAGCUUCUUAAGACAAAAUCUUUUUUCCGACAAGAAGUGGAGAAUAACACAUUGGGAAGUCCUGCUGCCUCAGAGCUCUUAGAGCACUUAAAACCCACGUACUGGUUUUCUGCACACCUUCAUGUGAAGUUUGCAGCCUUGAUGCAGCAUCAGGCCAAGGAUAAAGGACAGACAGCCAAAGCAACCAAAUUUUUAGCCUUGGACAAAUGCUUACCACAUAGAGACUUUCUUCAGGUAAUAGAAAUAGAACAUGACCCCAGUGCUCCUGAGUACUUAGAGUAUGAUAUUGAAUGGCUCACUGUUCUCAGGGCUACUGAUGAUCUUAUUAAUGUGACUGAGCGCCUCUGGAAUAUGCCUGAAAAUAAUGGCCUGCAUACAAGGUGGGAUUAUAGUGCAACAGAAGAAGCUAUGAACAAAGUAUUGGAAAUACUGAAUCAUGACCUCAAAGUUCCAUGUAACUUUAGCAUAACAGCUGCUUGUUAUGACCCUAGCAGGCCACAGACACAAAUGCAGUUGGUUCAUAGGAUCAAUCCUCAAACUACUGAAUUUUGUGCCCAACUUGGCAUCACUGACAUGAAUGUCAGGCUUCAGAAGGCCAAGGAAGAACAUCACUUGUGUGGUGAAUUUGAAGAGCAGGAUGACAUGGAGAGUAAUGACUCUGGAGAAGACCGUAGUGAAUAUAACACAGAUACAUCUGCCCUGUCCUCUAUUAAUCCAGAUGAAAUAAUGUUAGAUGAAGAAGAGGAAGAUGAAGAUAGUAUUAAGUACUCCAUAUACAUUUUAAGACAUGGCGGGCGGAUUCCUGGAUCCACUUGUCUUGCUGCAGCCCAAGACAAGCCUUGUACAUUGUUACUGACAAGAAAUCUAGGAUCAUUCUUAUCUUUGUUCCUGUAUGUAAUUCAACAGGAUAUCAGAACAACUCUUUUGAGAUUACCUGUGGGUCCUCGGGAACUCAGGCUCGGUACCAGCAGGGGCCCUCUGUGCCCCUCCAACUUCUUAGUACCUCGCAGGUGUAUCAGGUACAGGAACCUCAGGAUAUUUUGGGGACGACAGGAAGAGAGGAAUUCCUCUAAAUCUCCAGGUAUUGUAGGAGCAGGCCAGGAGAGAGACGGAGACAUGCUGAAGGAGCUCCAGCAUUCCCUGUUGGUCAUCCUGUUGCUUGUCUGUGUCUUCUUCUACCAGCUGAAUGUGAAGUCCCGCUGUCUCUUCUCCUGCCUUCCUCCCCAAAAGUCCCAGCAGGACCUGGAAACCCUCCUGGGCCAUGGGCGCGGCAUUGUGUUCAUAGAGACCUCGGAGAGAAUGGAGCCAACUCCUCUGGUCUCUUGUGCUGUGGAGUCUGCUGCCAAGAUUUAUCCUGGGCAGCCUGUGGCGUUCUUCAUGAAGGGUCUCUAUGACACCACACGGCUGCCCUCAAAUGCCACUUACCCAGGCUUUUCCCUCCUCUCAGCAAUAGACAAUGUUUUCUUCUUCCCUUUGGAUAUGAAAAGGCUGUUUGAAGACACACCGUUGCUUUCAUGGUACACUCGCAUCAAUGCCAGCGUAGAGAGCAACUGGCUCCACGUCAGCUCAGAUGCGUCCCGCCUGGCCAUCAUCUGGAAGUAUGGCGGCAUCUACAUGGAUACUGAUGUCAUCUCCAUCAGGCCCAUCCGCGAGGAGAACUUUCUGGCUGCACAGUCUUCUCGGUACUCUAGUAAUGGGGUGUUUGGGUUCCUCCCCCACCACCCCUUCCUGUGGGAGUGCAUGGAAAACUUUGUUGAACACUACAAUUCAGAAAUUUGGGGCAACCAGGGUCCCGGUUUGAUGACGAGGAUGUUGAGACUGUGGUGCAAACUUGGAGACUUCCAGGAGGUGAGUGACCUCAGGUGUUUGAACUUGUCCUUCCUACACCCCCAAAGAUUUUACCCCAUCUCCUAUCCGGAGUGGAGGCGCUACUAUGAAGUCUGGGACAGAGACCUGAGCUUCAAUGACUCCUACGCCCUGCAUCUGUGGAACUACAUGAACAAGGAAGGAAGGACUGUGGUCAGAGGAAGCAACACGCUGGUGGAGAACCUCUGCCGUAAGCACUGUCCUAGGACUUACAGGGACCUGAUUCAAGGCCCAGAGGCCUCGGGGACUGGGACGCUGGGUCCAGGUAACAAAUAGAGCCAGCACUGGGUUGCUGCUGCUGUGUCGUAGGACUGGACGCUUCCUGGAGUGGCAGCUUUCGGUUCAUGCCCACGUUGCCUGGGGGGUGGGGGCUUACCCAUUUCGGUUCAUGCCCACGUUGCUCGGGGCUGGGGGCUUACCCACAUAUCAGGAAGGGUCAGCUUUCUCUGUCUGUAGUAGAAAAACCCCAAAGACCAUCGGUGUGUAAAAUAGAGAAGCUUCUUUCUCUCUCAUGUAAAAGAAGUCUGAAGGUAGGUGAUUUGGCGGUGGUGGGGGAUGGGUAUGGUCACUGCAGUCACUGGGGACCUAGGUUUCUUGCAUCUUUUUGUUUGUCAUUUGCCAUCCUUAGUGUCCAUAGCCCAUGAUCUAUAUGGUUGCUUGAUCUCCAGCCCAUUAUGUCUGCAUUUCGGGCAGCAGGUGGAAGGAAGGAAGAAGGUGUACCUCCUUUAUUUUAUGGAGACUUCCUACAAGUCCCUUAUAAUGCUUCCCCUUACAUCUCACUGGUCAGAGUGUACCUGUAAGAGAAGCUGAAAAAUUUAAGGAGGAAGAGAAAAUGGGUGUUAGGAGGGGCAGCUAACAGUUUUGCUACUUGUUAAAUUUACUUCCGUAAGAUUAAUUUUAGGACCUGUUAGAGAAUUGACUGGGGAAAAAGAGACCUGAUUUCUGGUCCUGAUUUUGAUAUUCCUUAAUGCAUUCAGUCAGUGAGCAUUAACUGAGUGCCUUUGGUGUGCCGAGCACUGAUUUAGUUGCUGAAGAUACAGCUGGAUCAAGCAGACAAUGUUCUGUCUUGGUCAAUCUGGGCUGCAGUAGCCAAGUAUCAUAGACUGGGUGGCAUAUAAACAACAGAAAUUUACUUCUCAUGGUUCUGGAGGCUGGUAGUCUAAGAUUAGGGUGAGGAUCCUCUUCCGGUGGCAGAGGGCACUUUUCUUGUUGAAUCUUCAUAUAGUGGAAAGGGUCAAGGGAGAUCUCUGGGGUCUCUUUUACAGAGGAACUGAUCCCCUCAUGAGGGCUUCACCCUCAUGACCUAAUUACCUCCCAAAGGCCCCACCUCCUAAUAUCAUCACAUUGAGGGAUAGGAUUUCGACAUAUGAAUGUUGGGGGGACAUGAACAUUCAGUCCAUUAUAGGUCCCUCGUACUUAUCCUAACGACUGGCCACAUCCCCCUCUGAUACCCUCUUGCUUUUCCCAGGGUGUUCUGCUGUUCCCUAUCCUACCGCAAUUGGCUCAUAAAAGCAAAUUACCAAUUCUAUUUUUACAAACCACUUCCCCUUUAACAGUGACGGAAAAAUAUACCUCCUCUUUCCAGGAAGUGUGAGAAUCAAUAUUUCUUUUACAAAUAUUCAUCAGCCAAGAUUUUCUAACACUUUCCUUUUGAUAGUUGGCUUUAUGGGAAAAAUAGUUUCUAUUUUUUCCAAAUAUAAAAAUAUGAUGAUUUUUCAAACUACAUUCUCCAACCCCCCAUCCCCUUUCAUUUUGAUAUUUCCCCCUUUGGGAAUCACUGCUCUGACAGUCUUAUUAAAAAUACAAGUCAUGUCUCCUGCCGAGCUUUAUUUAUGCCUGGCUACUUGCUCUGGAUUCUUAGAUAUCUGAUACCAUGGUCAGAUUUUGGGGCCUGCUGUUCCUUCUCACAGCUGAACCCCUGCUGGUUUUCAGCUCUCCUGAUUGUCCCCACAGGUGAGGAUUUUCAUGGCCGGCCCUUUCAGGGAGGAAAGUCACACACAUUGGAUCUAAUUUCUACAUCUGGAGAAUACAUGAUGGAUGGUCCAGCUAACAUUGCCAAAGGUUUUGAAAGGAUAGGAAUAGCUUUAAUAUUUCUUUCUUUUUCUUUUUUUUUUU